AUAGCGCUACUAAUUAUAAAUCCAAUUGAACUAUACUAUUAACCACCCACCCACUAGUUGACUACAAAUUACUGCUGAGCAAGGUUACAAUUUGCGACAGCAUGGAAAAUGUCAUGAAAGUGUUACAAAUCAAAUACGGGCUCAUAAUUAACUACUAGAGUCUACUGCAGGUGGUGAAAAAAAUAAGGAGGAAGUUUAUAAAGCGUAUAUACAAGAGUGUAAAGAAGCAAAGCAGAUAAAAUGGAAUUUGUUGAACUUAUAAAAACACCUAAAUUGGAUGGAGUUUUUCUACAUGACCAUCAGAAUUCAACAGUCGAAGGGCGUUUAUGCAUCACUGGUCAUCAUUUGCUCCUGAGUGCACGUCAGGAGAACAGCCAGGAACUGUGGCUUAUGCACAAAAAUAUUGACAGUGUGGAGAAGAAACCGUUUAUCGUACAGAACGCUGUUGUCGGUGGCCUUAUAACAUUAAGAUGCAAAGAUUUGCGCAUAAUUUCUUUGAAAAUCAAAAAUUCCAAAGAAUACUUCAACGUAGCGGCAUCCCUGGAGGCUCUUAGUACUUUAAACAAUCCCGAAUUGGAGUACCCCUUCUUCUAUCGACCCAUGUACACCAUAUUAGAGGAUGGUUAUACAAUAUUCAGGCCAGAGCUGGAAUUCUCAAAACUCAUUUCCGUUAGUGCCUGCAAUAAUAUAUGUGGUGGUAGUGGAAGUAGUGGUAAUAGCAAUACUUUUACAUUCAGCAAUUCAAGUCCACUUUCCUCAACAUUUCACUUCUCAAAUGGUCAUGACAUUGCAGCCGCUUCGUCUCUGGUUACUAUUGCCACAGAGACAACGAUGGGUUGCGAAUGGCGCAUUACACAUAUUAAUAAAGAUUUUAAAUUGUGCCCAACCUAUGGUUCAGUUCUUAUAGUACCAAAAAUAAUAACUGAUGAACAAAUUGUACAAUCAGCAGCAUUUAGAGACGGUGGCCGGUUUCCUGUUCUUAGUUACCGUCAUGAAAAUGGUGCAGCUCUUUUACGCAGUGCCCAGCCUUUGUCAAUUCAGGGUAUUAAAAGAUGUCGAGCCGAUGAAGCUAUAUUAAAUGUUGUCCUUGGUCGUAGUAAAAAGGGGUUUAUAGUUGAUACGUGGGGCAAAGGAAAAUCCAAUACCGAAACUGAUCAACACUAUUCGCAAUGGAAAAAGGUCAAUCGUUCGAUUGGUAAUGUUUCUUCGCCAGCUGCCAUUUUAGAUAGUUUUUCCAAACUAAUUGAAGCUUGUAACGAUAUAUCAUGUUCACCGGAUAAGUGGCUUUCUCGCUUGGAAAGUAGCAAUUGGCUAAGUUUAGUUUUGAAUUCUUUAAAUGCCGCAUGUGUAGUUGCUCAAUGUCUGGAUCAGGAGGGUAGUCCCGUAUUAGUACAUGGUGCUAAAGGUUUGGAUUCCACAUUAAUAGUAACAUCACUAGUUCAAAUAAUACUUAAUCCGGAUUGUCGCACCGUUAGAGGAAUUCAGGCAUUAAUCGAACGAGAAUGGAUACAAGCCGGACAUCCAUUCGCUUCACGUCAUCGCCAUUCAUGCUAUACGCCUUCACAAAAUCGUCAAAAAAGUUCGGGUGCUACAUUUGUUCUUUUUUUAGAUUGUAUUCAUCAGUUGUAUAGACAAUUUCCAUGCAGUUUCGAAUUUAGCACGCAGCUGUUAUUAUUACUCUUCGAACACAGUUACUUCUCGCAAUAUGGUACAUUUCUUUGCGAUUCGGAAAGGGAAAGAAGUGAUUUACGUGUUCAUACUCGUACCACAAGUUUAUGGUCGUAUCUAAACCGACCGGAAGUUUUGAAAAAUUUUCUUAAUCCCCUAUACGAACCAAAUCCCAGUGUUAUAUGGCCAUCUGUGGCUCCAAUCAGCUUGGAACUUUGGACUGAAUUGUACUUGCGUUGGAUUGUGGAUCAAAAGAAUAACGAAAACACCAACAUUCAAAUACAGGAACUUGUAACAAAUGAAAAGGAAUUGCGAACCAAGGCAUUAAAAUUACGCAAGCAGGCAGCCGAUUUGGCAAAUGAAGUUAUUACCAUAAUAAAAUCAAUCAAUUAAUUUAAAUAGAUAUCCAAAUUAAAAACUUUUUUGAUAACCGCUCUCUAACUAAGUUAAAACGUUUUUAUCGAAAAUCGUGAAUAUGCAAUAUUCACAACAAAAAAUAAAAUGUUUCACUAGCAUUUCUGUAAGUUUAAAUAAAUACUGUAAUAUAAAAUAAAAAUGUUCAUAUAAUGAUGAGGAAAUACUUUAAAAAAUCAAAAUAUGCCAAACAAGAAUAUUCUUGAAUCAGUUGAUCAAUAUUUUGGUGGAAUUUUGAAAUUCUUAUUUAUGCAUUCUUAUAUUUAAAAAAAAAAUAUUUAAUUUAUUUUUUUACUAUCUUUGCAUUAAAUUUGUUUCGUUUGAAACGUUAUAUUCUAUAAUUGUAAAUAGUUUAAUAAAUACAUAUACAAUCAUACAGA